CAUAACUUGUGCAUUUUGUUGAAUCGUGGAUACUGGAGCAGCUCGUCAACUGCGACAUGGUCAACCUGGACGGUAAAUUGACUGCGCCAGCGACGAAGAAGAGUCGUCGAUGAAAAUGACUACUAUUUACCUAUUGCGAGAAGAGAUCUGAAGUGUUAACUCACUUAGCGUCUAUUCGGAGAUGAGCCAGGAUAAGCCAGCCUUUUCGGACCAGUCACCGCACGAGAAUGGCGGCGGCGGCAGUGUGCCGGGGUCCGCGACUUCCUACGACAGGGGGAAGCGCUCUGUCGUCAGUCUCACUGGUGGCGACCGGGACAAUCUCAAUGACAGCGGCGCGAAGGCGACGCCGGAGUCUGAUCAACCUCCACCGUACAACAGCAUCAGGCACAAGGUCAGUGCCUAUUCCAUCGAGUACGAUCCCUACUUACGGCGUACCGUCGAACAGCCUAUCUCGUACCUGGCGGCACUGGUGCACAUGUUCAAAGGCAGCUUAGGCACGGGCAUCAUGGCGGUGCCGAACGCUUUCAUGCACUCUGGGUACAUCAUGGGCGUGAUCGGCACGCUUUUUGUCGGCGUGAUGUGCACCUACUCGAUGCACAUGCUGGUGCGGGCGCGUUACGAGCUGAGCAAGCGGCGUCGCGAGCCCAGCCUCACCUACCAGGAGACGGCCGUGGCGGCGCUGGAGGACGGCCCGCGCUGCCUGCGGCCCAUGGCCUCCUACGCCGGGCAUAUUGUGAACGUCUUCAUGUUAGUCUUUCAACUGGGAAGCUGCUGCGUGUACGUGGUAUUCAUCAGCAGCAAUAUAAAGGCAGUUGUGGAUGAGUACUACAGUGGGCUGGACCUGAGGAUCUACAUGUUGAUUUUGUUGCUGCCACUCAUACUGAUAAACAUGGUGCGCAACCUGAAGCUCCUGGCUCCAUUCACAACGCUGGCCAGCCUCCUGACCAUAGCAGGAUUCGGUAUCACCUUCUACUACCUGGUGAUCGACUCGCCUACACUCGACGACAAAGUGCCUUUUGGAACGCUCGAAGAAUUUCCUCUCUUCCUCGGAACGGUGCUUUUCUCACUAGAGGCGAUUGGUGUUAUUCUACCACUGGAGGACAGCAUGAAAACACCGAAGAGAUUCCGUGAGCCGCUUGGAGUACUUAACAUAGCCAUGGUUCUCGUCGUCUCUCUGUUCACGGUAACCGGAUUCCUUGGGUACAUGAAGUAUGGGGAUGAGACGAAAGGAAGUAUAACGCUCAGCCUGCCCAACAAAGAAAAACUUGCACAAUCUGCCAAAUUAAUGUUGGCUAUUGCAAUUUUUGUAAGCCACAGUCUCCAGAACUAUGUGAAUAUUGAGAUUGUAUGGAAUGGUUAUUUAAUGGAAAAGUUAGAGAAACAUCCAUAUAAGAUGUUGUUUGAAUACCUCGUUCGUAUCUUUCUUGUCACUAUUUCAUUCGUUCUGGCAGUAGCAGUUCCAAAUUUGGAGCUGUUUAUAUCUCUGUUUGGUGCACUCUGCCUGUCAGCUAUUGGAAUUGCUUUCCCAGCCAUAAUUUAUUGCCUCUGCGUCUGGAACAACGAAACCACUCGAUUCAAAUUUGUGCUGUUGAUUUUGCGAACUGGUUUUAUAGUCUUGUUUGCUGUGGUGGGAUUUGCUGUGGGAACUUACACCUCACUUUCAAACAUUGUCAUUGAAUUCAGCUGAUGUCAUGAUUGAAAGCCAAACGUUUUAAGAGGACUAGUCACUGACGCUUCUCCUAAAACAACCAGUGUUGAAGAAGUGCUCAGUUACAGACAUAAUAUGUCUCAUUCUCCUAACUGAGUAGUGGAAGUGUGAAUUAUGCAGUUCACAUAUGCAGUUGGCUCUCAAUUCGGGCAACAUACAAAAGCUGGACGUAGAAAGCUGUUGCAGUGAACAUAAACCAUCUGAAAGUCCUUCUGCAAAUGUCUUUUAAAUGUUAUAAAGCUUAAUUCAACAAAAUGUAUAGUAUCAUACAGUACUGAACUUCUUUGAAAUAUCUUAGCACAACUACAUCAUUUGAAGAGCUGAAUUAUAUAUGAUCCACCUUAAAAAUGUACGAUAUGAUAAAUGAACACAAUACUAACUGAGAAGGUCAACGCAAAGUGUCGUUAGUCACCAGAACAUUAAAAUAUUUAUUGUUUUCUUGUUUACGUAUUUUCUGUACGAUUUGUUGCAAGGAAAUAUUUUCAUUCCACCUGAUCCUAUACUGAAGUCUCUGCAUAAAUGAAUAAUGUUAUUUUUACAUAUGAUACAAGAGAUUGUUAUCAAUUACCCUCCAAACUCUCAAGAAGACAAACAAUACAGGUUUUUGUUCCAAUUAAUAGAGUGAGAGCAAUAUGUUAAUUGAACUUUAGACAGUAUGAUAUACCAUUAGUACUUAGGUGUAAAUGCAUAUUAUCUCAAUAUCCGAAAUAUACUUGUAUUAUCAAUUGCUCAUAAAAUAUGCAAAUAGUGAUUGUGUUUAAUUCGACACUGUAAAUCGCCAGAUGUAGAAAGAGAUCUAUAUUAAGUGCAUGUAAAUAGAAAUUUAAAAUCUAUCCUGUCAUUUCAGUGCAACUAACAUUAGUUGUCAAGAAUGUAAUCAUCGGUAUUACGCAAUUCAAGAAACAUUUUCAGACUAAAAAUUAAUGAGAAAUUGCCUUCAGUUAUUAAAGAUGAUUGCCAAUACAGAAAGUCACAAAACUUAAACUGUUAAUAGAAUAUUUCAAAUAAAUUUGAUCAUCUUAUUGUUUCUCUGAUGCAUGUGUUAUAUUUUAAACAAACUAGUGUUAAGUAUUUAUUUGUAUAGUCUCCUUCAAACUGCUGUCUUGACAUAUGAAUAUAAGUAGUUAUUAUGAAACUCAUGUUGUAGAGUUUGUUGAUAGUAUUAAAUCCAGUC